AUGUCAGCUCCGCAGACCCCAGGCAACGACAACGGCAACGGCAAUGCUGGCGCCGGCGAUAGCGAAAGCAAUGGUGCUGCCCCCUCUGACGUCUUAAAUCUUCUGCGACAGGCAUAUCGCCUGCGUGCAGGCGGCGCUGGCGGCGAGUACACAGCCGUACAUGGCGAGUUUGGCGACGACACCAGCCACAGACUACUCGACGACGACGACGAAGAGGAAGAUGACGACGACGACGAAUACCAUGAUGCCGAGGACGGUCCCAUGCACUACGAUAUAGAAAUCGAAGAGGUUGUCGAUGAAGAUGAGGAGAUUGUGGGCGAUGGUGACGAAGAGAACGACGACGAAGAUGACGGUGAAGAGGAAGAGGAAGAGGACGAAGAUGACGAAGACGAGGAGGAGGACGAUAACGACGAUAUCGAUGAAGGUCGCCCGGUACCCUACUUAACCCGCCGGCAGCUGAAUAUCAUGCUACAAGGAGAGACGCUGCACAACGUCCUCUUGAGCGUGACCGACUGGGGUGGUGGUUUCGACAUCGACGCCUUUACCAACAGCCGGCGGCGACGACAGCAGCUGCGUGACCCGAAUAGAUUCCCCAAGGUGCCGAGCGAGGAGGGCCGAAAGCUCAUGGACUCGGGCGUGUUCGGCUCGACGGAGCGGCCGCGCAAGGUCUACCCUACGAUCUUUGACAAUAUGGCCUCCGACAACCACUCUCUGCAUACCAAGAUCGAGGCCAGACGGCGGCCCGUGUCGCUCCGGCUUUUGGACCGUGAGCUCGGACUUGGGCAGACGCAAGCCGACCGCACGCUGGGCAAGAACAUGAUUGCGCAGAGCAUGGUGCCUUCGACCGACGCCGACAUGGUAUUGAGGUACGAGGCUCCUGUGUACCUGGGCCAGUUCUCGGACGACGGGAACUUCUUCUACAGCGCCACCAAGGAUUUCCGCGUGCGGAUGUACGACACCUCCAACGUCAACGAGUGGAAGCACUACAAAACCGUGGUGCAUCCGUCGGGCCGCUGGACCAUGACAGAUGCGUCGUUGAGCCCAGACAACAAGUGGCUCGCGUUUACGUCCAUGAUGCCCAAAGUGUGCCUCGCGCCGACGGAUCCCAACGACGAGGGUGAGCCGUACCUUUUGGACCUGGCUGGCCUCCCUCGGGACGACACCAUUGGCGAUUUCUACGACUCGUUUGCCAUCUUCUCCGUGCGGUUCUCGGGCGAUGGCCGUGAACUGGUUGCCGGUACCAACGCCAGCACCAUCAUCGUAUACGAUAUCGAAUCGCGCCAGGUGCUGCAUAGCUUCGAGGGCCAUAAACACGACGUCAACGCGGUGUGCUUUGGCGACAAGCAGUCGCCGCAUCUGCUAUACUCGGGAUCCGACGACGCCACCAUCAAGGUGUGGGACCGGCGCAGCCUGGGCGACAGUCGGGCGGCUGGCGCCUUUGUUGGCCAUUGUGAGGGCAUCACAUACAUCGACAGCAAGGGUGACGGGCGCUACAUCCUGUCCAACGGCAAGGACCAGACCAUGCGGCUGUGGGACCUGCGCAUGGCCAUGAGCAUGUCUGACUUUGAUGCCAAGGACCCGGCCGCCCUAACACAGUACAGCUUGUACGAUUACCGCUUCCAGCGCUACAACGAUGACCUCUACUUCAAACACCCACACGACAACUCUGUCGUGACCUUCCGCGGUCACCGUGUCGAGCGUACGCUCAUCCGUUGCCACUUCUCGCCACCAGGUAGCAGCGACGGGCGCUACGUCUACUCGGCAAGCCACUCAGGCAAGGUCUACAUCUACAACCUGGACGCCACUCUGGCGGGCGUCAUUGACGUGCGCGAGGCCACGCGCGAGACGCUGUCGGCGGUCGCCGCCGAGGAGGAGCGCCAAGCUGAGGCGGGUGGCCAUAACAACACCGCGGAGACUCUCAAUUCCCGCCAACGCGUGCGCCAGCGCCGCUAUACGCACGGCCCGUUGUGUGUGCGUGACGCCAGCUGGCACCCCACGAUACCCGUUCUUGUCGCAUCUUCGUUCGACGCUGAGAGUAUGGAGACCGGCACGUGCUCGGUCCACUCCUGCGACAUUGCCAAGGAUGGCGACGCUGGCGGGCGCGAACACCGAUUGUAUGACGAUCGGAUGCGGCCGAUCUCGUCCUGGCAGACGUCGGUACGGAACACAGCUUGGUGGGCCAACUAG